AUGUCGCAGAUGUCUGAGAUGUCGACUGCGGAGCAGUCGUCUGCCUUCGGUUCUGGCAACAAGGAAGAAGCCGUAAAACGCACGACAGUCACAGAAAUGAGCAAAACGGUUUCGGCAUCAGUUGAAGAGAUGACUUCUGAACCACCUAUGGUGACCGGCAGCACACCGGAACCUACGAGCCCUAUGUCUUCUACCACACCACCGCCUCCGAAGAAGUAUGUGUACUGUGUCACAGGCGACCGUCUGACCAAUGAUCACGCUCUGACUUCUGGCUUCUGUGACGUCGCCAUCUACAGCGGGUUCGUUCGCAUUAGAAAUGAGCUCAAGCCCGGCCUCGGAUCCUAUAGCUGGCAGGUAUUCAGACAGGCAAUUAAAAAAGGCAAUUUCACGGCGGGAAUCAGCAUCGUGGUUCCCUGGCCCGAUGGCCCCAAGACCGUGACGGAACAUUUCGACAAGCUCGAGCAGUCUUUGAUGGAUCUGAAUAAGAACGAAAACAUUAUGGCGUUUGGUUUUUUGGAUAUCGAUUACGAGAUCAUGAAUAUCACUGGCACUAUCAAAGAUGCAUACAAGUUGCGGAACCACUCCGCAACUAUGGCCAACGCAUUCCUGCAACCACCGGCACACUUUGAGCAUGGCGACAACCCGCAACAAGCCUGGGAGGACUGGAAAGAAGCGCACACGAUCUACGAACAAGCCUUUGAGUACGCCACCAAACCCGCAGCCACGAAAAAAAAGCCCCCAGUGUUCUCGGUGCGCACGGCCGCCGCGUCGGCCAGACAUUUCCCCGCACCUCCUAAGGCCGACUGCGUGCAGCCGAUGGAUCAAGUUACCUAUGCCUAUUAG